AUGGCCCGGGACGGGGACACCAUGAUCUACACCACCGCGUGCUGCGAUGCCGCACCUGAGGAGGGCGCGCCUGGUGCAAGGCACGGCAGUCCCCUCCAGGUGCACUAUGCCGAGCGCUUCAGCGCCGCGGGGCGGACCUCCGGCGGGUACGUCAAGCGCGACGGCCGCGCCAAGGAGCACGAGAUCCUGAUCUCGCGCCUGGUGGACCGCCCGCUGCGCCCGCUGCUGCCGGCCGACUGGCGCCGCCCCACCCAGGUCCUGUCCUGGGUACUCAGCUUCGACGGUGCGCGCGGCACUGAGGCACUGGCGGUGACCGCUGCCGGCGCGGCCCUGGCGCUGUCCGCCGUCCCCAUCCGCGCCGCGGUGGCGGCGGUGCGGGUGGGCCUGAUCCCGGGCAGGGGCCUGGUGCUGGACCCGGACUCGGAGGAGGUGGAGGCAAGCGUGCUCGACCUCCUAGUGGCCGGGUCGGCGGAGGGCCUGCUCAUGGUGGAGGCGGGGGCCGAGUUCGUGACCGAGGCAGACAUGCUGGAGGCCAUCGCAUUUGGGCAGGCGGCGGUGCAGAAGAUGUGCGUCGCCAUCGAUGCCUGGGCAGCACAGGUGGGCAAGCCGGCCGCCGAGGCCAGCGAAGCGUCCGACGCCGGCGACCUUGAAGGCUCCGCGGCCCUGGACGCCGUCCGCGCCCGCUUCGGCGACGCGUACGAGACGCUCCACCGCUCCGCGCUGGACAAGGCGGGGCGUGAGGCUGCCCUGCGCGCGCUGCGCUCGGAGGCGGAGACGGCGCGUCGGCUGACCGCGCGCGAGGGCGUGCGCAUGGACGGCCGCGCGCCGGACGCGGUGCGCGGAAUCUCGUGCCGCGCGGGCGCGCUGCCGCGCACGCACGGCUCCGCGCUCUUCACGCGCGGCGAGACGCAGGUGCUGGCCGUGGCCACGCUGGGGUGCGAGGAGGGUGUCCGCCGCCUGGACUCCAUGGCGGGGCAGGAGGACGACCGCUUCUACCUCCAGUAUUUCUUCCCGCCCUCCUGCCGCGCCCUGGCCCCCGCAGUCCCGCCCGAGGCGGAGUUCCCCUACUCCAUCCGCCUGGAGUCCACGGUGACCGAGAGCAACGGCUCCUCCAGCAUGGCCACCGUCUGCGCCGGCUGCCUCGCCCUGUUGGAUGCCGGCGUGCCGCUGAAGGGCCUGGUGGCGGGCGUGGCCAUGGGCCUGGCUGAUGCCGACGCGGCGGCCGAGGCCAUCCUGGCCCUGGUGGACGAGCCGGAGCGGGGGCGAGUGUAUCGCGGCGCACGGGUCACGCAGGUGCUGCCCUUUGGCGCGCUGGUGGAGAUCCUGGACGUGCUGGACGGCGGCAAGCUGCGCCUGUCACGCAAGGCGCUGCUGGACCCGGUGGAGGGCUACGACGCCGAGGCCGCCGCCGCCGCCGCCGCCGAGGCCGGCGCGCAGCGGGGCAACGGCGGCGCGGACGACGGCGCGAGGUACAAGCGCCGCCGGCCGCGGGGAGAGGGCGCCGGCAACGGAGCGCCGAGGCGGUACGCGCGGGGCCCGCCGCGCGAGCGGCAGGCCUCGCCCGACUCCAGCGCCGCGUCGGCCGACACCACCGCCUGA